GUGCUGGUCGUGAAGACUCUCUGCCACCGUUCAGACUUGGACUAAACAGCGGAUAACAUCUAUACCAUUUGUUUGCUGGCCUCUUUCCUUUACCAUCUCGAGUGAUCAUGGGGAACUGUUUGACUGUGGGCCCGAACGAGGCUCUGGUGGUCUCCGGUGGUUGCUGUGGCUCUGAUGAUAAGACCUACGUUGUGGGAGGCUGGGCCUGGGCUUGGUGGUUCAUCUCGGACACCCAAAGGAUAACUCUGGAGAUCAUGACUCUGCAGCCCCGAUGUGAGGAUGUGGAGACGGCAGAGGGGGUCGCCAUCACUGUCACAGGGGUGGCUCAGGUCAAAGUCAUGACGGAGCAGGACCUGCUGGCCGUAGCUUGUGAGCAGUUUCUGGGUAAAUCAGUCAUGGGAAUCAAAGCUGUGGUUCUGCAGACUUUGGAAGGACAUCUGCGCUCCAUUUUAGGAACCCUGACUGUAGAGCAAAUCUAUCAGGACAGGGACCAGUUUGCUAAACUGGUGAGAGAGGUAGCAGCUCCUGAUGUCGGCAGGAUGGGAAUCGAGAUUCUCAGCUUUACCAUUAAGGACGUGUACGAUAAGCUGGAUUACCUGAGCUCUCUCGGUAAGACCCAGACUGCAGCUGUCCAAAGGGAUGCAGACAUUGGCGUGGCUGAGGCAGAGAGGGAUGCUGGGAUACGGGAAGCAGAAUGUAAGAAGGAGAUGAUGGACGUGAAAUUCCAGGCCGACACCAAGAUGGCCGACUCCAAACGAGAACUGGAGCUGCAGAAAGCUGCUUUUAACCAGGAAGUCAACACUAAGAAAGCAGAGGCCCAGCUGGCGUACGAGCUGCAGGCGGCCAAGGAGCAGCAAAAGAUCCGCCUGGAGGAGAUUGAGAUCCAAGUGGUGCAGAGGAAGAAGCAGAUCGUUAUCGAGGAGAGGGAGAUCGACCGAACCGACAAGGAGCUCAUCGCCAUAGUGAAAAGGCCCGCCGAGGCAGAGGCCUACAAGAUGAAGCAGCUGGCCGAGGGGUCGAAGAUGAAGACAGUGCUGAUCGCCCAGGCUGAGGCAGAGAAGAUCAAGAAGAUCGGAGAGGCCGAGGCUAGCUCCAUUGAAGCAGUGGGCAAGGCGGAGGCCGAGAAGAUGAGGCUGAAGGCCGAGGCCUACCAGCAGUACGGAGAGGCUGCUAAGACUGCUCUGGUCCUCGAGGCCCUGCCAAAGAUUGCUUCCAAGGUGGCGUCGCCAUUAUCCAAGACCAAUGAGAUCAUCAUCCUCAGCGGGGAGGGCAGCCGUGUGACAGGCGAGGUGAACCGCCUGCUGGCUGAACUUCCUGUGACUGUCAACGCUCUCACUGGAGUGGAUUUGUCAAAGAUCCCGCUGCUGCAGAAGAUGAGCAGCGCUCAAGCCUGAAAAAUGACGACUCCACAUGACUUCUGUAUCUGUUGUAUGCACUCUGAUAGACUGCCUUUAAUACACUUGAACAAUUUUGUUGUUUUAUACGUAUAUACUGUAUACCAAGUGAAUUUUGGAAACCUCUGGUGCCUUACUUUAUACAGCGCCAGAAUAUCUGAAUGCACUGCUGCUCAUUCAAAGAUUUUUUUUAUUUAGUUUUAACACAGGAACAUUUUGUGUUGUGUUUUUAUUUUUUUGUAUUUAAAGAUAUAUAUUUUGGCCCGUUUGUAUGAAAUGUCAUCAAAGAGGUGGACUGAUGUUUGACAGUGUAAUGGAUCAACCAGGUUAUGGCUCAUUUAUGCUCAAAAACAGAUACAGACACAGAU